AUAUUAUGCUCAAUUUUGAGCAAGUUAGGAGAUAAGAGAUGGAAUAUAUAAAUAAAUUAUUUAAAAAAAAAAAAAUUUGAAAAAAAGGAGGAGGAAUGGGUGAUACUUGGCCAAGAGAAAGCCAACACAUAUUUUAAAUUUUAAAUUUUAAAAAGCUACGUAAAUCAGAUUGUUGUUUAGAUUUGAUAGAUAGAUAGCUUUGUCAGAAUUCUCUUCUCGGCAGCGGCGCGUGAUGGACACUCUCUACACCACCGUCCACUAUUGGCUAGUCGACCACCCAAUAAUCAGCCAAUACGAAUGGAAGCCCAACCAAACCCCCGGCGCUUCCUUACUCUUCCUCACCGCCACCGUUCUCACCUACCUCACCCUCACUCUCUCUCUCCACCACUUCCCCGGCGGCGGCCUCCUCCCCACCCUCCCCUCCGCCGCCCUCCGCCUCAUCACCGCCGUCCACAGCCUCAUCCUCUGCCUCCUCUCCCUCCUCAUGGCCGUCGGCUGCACGCUCUCCGCCCUCCACCAAACCCCUCCCCACCACCCCACCUGGCCGAUCUGCUUCCCCGGCGGCGGCCAAACCCCGCCGCGGGGGCCGACGUUCUUCUGGGCACACGUGUUCUACUUCUCGAAGAUCCUGGAAUUCGCCGACACGCUGCUGAUCCUGGCGAGCGGGUCCCGCGCGAGGCGGCUGACGUUCCUCCACGUGUACCACCACGCGGUGGUGGUGGCGAUGUGCUACCUGUGGCUGGCGGCGCCGCAGUCGUUGUUCCCGGUGGCGCUUGUGACGAACGCGACGGUGCACGUGGCGAUGUACGCGUACUACCUGCUGUGCGCGCUCGGGAUCCGGCCGCGGUGGAAGAGGCUGGUCACGGAUUUCCAGAUCCUUCAGUUCGUGUUCAGCUUCGCGGUUUCGGGUUGGAUGCUCCGCCUCCAUUUUACCGGGUCGGGUUGCGAGGGGAUUCGGGCCUGGUGCUUCAAUGCGGGCUUCAACGCUUCCCUUUUGGCGCUGUUCGUUGACUUUCAUCUCAAGAAUUAUGCAAACAAGAAGAGAUUGUCUGUUCAAGAUAACAGCAAUCAUAAAAAAGCUUCUUAAUUUUCUUUUUAACAGAUGAGUUUAGCUUUCAAUUUUUUUUUUUUUAUUUUUCAAUUUUCUAUUUUUCGAUAAUUUCUCUAAACAAUUGAGAUCUCUUUUAUUUUGUGUUCUAGUCAAAUGUUAAUUGAUAAUUUUUAGUGAUAAUUACAGUUUUUGGGAUGUUUGCACCUUCUUCA